AUGCCCAGAAAGGCGAAACUAGAGGAACAAAUUAGCAGUGUAACCGACCCCAGAGACUUUUUACGAACGCAAAUACCGGAGCUUUCGGAUGUUGAUACUCUACUGCGAUGUCAUAUAUGCAAAGGCUUUUUGAAGACCCCAGUUUUGACACCUUGUGGUCAUACGUUCUGUUCUCUGUGUAUCAGAGAAUAUCUGAAUAGAGAGCUCAAAUGUCCACUAUGUUUGGCAGAAUUGAGAGAAUCAAUGCUAAAAAGCGAAUUCAUGGUUAGCGAAUUAGUAACGAGCUACGCAAGUCUGCGAGCAAAACUGCUCGAGUUUCUGGAUAGCUCAAAGAACAGUAGAACGGUAGCGCUCACAAGCGAUACCUCAGUUAUUGAAAUUCCGGAGCACCACACCAAAAUUAGCAAUGACGACACUAAUGAUGAUGACGAUAUACAAAUAAUUGAAACCAGAGAGAGUCGACCUUCUAAGCGAACCAGCGACUUGGUACUUAUGAGUCACAAGAAGUCUCGUAAGGAUUCUUCGAAAUCUGGAAUUACAUCCUUGUUCAGCAAGACGAAAAGUCCCCCAUCACAGCAAGACCUGGCAAACUGUCCAAUUUGUGGAAAAUCUUAUCAUGUAGAGCAUCUUCAAAGAAUUCACCUGGAUGAAUGUUUGACCUUGGGAGCCCUAGAUCAACCAGAGCCUGCCAACAGCUCGUCAAUUGCAGAAAAGGCGCCUCCAACCCCCGAAAAGUCUUCAGCAGUCGUUGAACCGAUUGCUAAAAGGUCAAUCAAACCGUCAGUGAAUGUUGAAACUACUCACUACAAUCGCUACAUUGAGUCUGCCCAAAAAAAAAACGUUACAAGGCUUGCCAAACUCAACUUUUCAUCCAUGAGCCUGCAACAGCUCAAAAACAAACUAUCAUCUCUUAAAUUGCCUACAAUAGGAACGCGGCAGCAGAUGAUGAACCGCUACAACCACUAUGAAAUGUUAUGGAAUAGUAAUUUUAUCGACUCGAUCAAUUCUGUGGAUGAAAGAGAACUGCGAAGACGCUUGGCUAGCUGGGAAGCGAGUCAUAACGGUUCUGAGCCAAUUCAAAGAACAAGUGCUAUUUCAAAGUUUCUAAACAAGAAUCCUACAUCUGUUAUGGAAGGUUUCAAGACCGACAGGUUUGACAGAAAAGGCUGGAUGCGCUCCCACCAAAAAGUGUUUCGUAGAUUAAUGAAAGAAGCCAAGGAAGGUCUCAAACGGUCAAGGAAAAGUAGACCUGAAAACGUUUCGGCAGAUGAAGCGAAAGAGACCUACGACAGUAGUCUUCAACACAACGAGAGCAUUAGUAGCGAGACAAACGCUGUUCCUAGUAACCAACUUUUGACUAAGGCAGAUACUUUUGCAACAUCAAGCCAGAGUUCAACUGCACUUUGA